UUCUCAGACCCUUUAUUGGAACGCUGAGAUGGAAAAGAUAGGAUUUUGUUAAUAUUUCGCUUUUCUCAGGCGUGCUUUUAGCGGCCAAUCGUUCGGAAGUCUCGAAACGUUACAGUAAGCAAAAAUGGAAGGAAAUCUCUUGCGAUUGGCUCGUUGCCACCUUCUUUAUAAAGACAAUCAAAAUGCGUGAUUCUCUUCGAGCAGUAAGAUCUCCUCCUUGAAUGGCGUCGUACUAUUUCCCCUCCAAAUUCCACCCCCUUUUGCUGCUCGCUCUCUCCGCUCUGCUCCUAUCCUGCCUGGUUCUCACGGUGCCCAGAUCGAAGAAAGUGGCCAUGUCUAAAGCGGCGGCAGGAGAAGAAGACGCAAGAUUGGUGACGGAGAUUCAUGGUGUUAAGAUAGAGAAGAAUCCUCCUCAGUCCAAACUCGACGAGCUUGGCGUCGCCGAUUGGCCCAAGUGGGGAUGCGGUCCGAGUAAGUUCCCGUGGACCUUCACAUCCACGGAGACAAUGUACUUACUGGAAGGGAAAGUGACAGUGUAUAUAGACGGGCACGAUGGAUCUUUCGAAAUCGGAGGCGGGGAUCUGGUUAUAUUCCCCAAAGGUAUGAAGAUCGUUUGGGAUGUCGUUGAAGCUGUGAACAAGCACUACAGCUUGGAGAAGAACUAAGGAUUUCGAGCUCUGUCGGUAAACUUCAUGCGUCUGCAAAUCUAAUAUCUGCUUACUAGGAGGCACUACAUUUCAAUCGCAAAUCUAAUAUUGGAGACUUGACUACCAAAUAUUCAUAUUAUCAUCUUGUAUUUAAGCUUGGACAAGUUUUCGCUACUUUCUAUUCAAGGUUCUUCCUGAGCUUACAGGAAGAAAAAUCUUGUACUCUUCUGUUAACUGUCUUGUUUCUUCGGCGAAAUUUGCUUAGAUAAUGCUAUGCAACAUCUAGAAGAUGAUAUUGUCAA